AAUCUCUUCGGCGUUACAUGCAAUCGCAUGAUGCUCGAGACAACGCGGAUGCUUUGUGUAUUCCUCAUAAACAGAAGCUGACAAUGUGGCUUAGACUCUACCAGAUUUAAGGCUUUUUCAGGCAGGUCAGGAGUUUUCGAGAUGAUUAACGCCAGCUGUCUACUACCUUGCUACCUUCUUUUGUGGGUUUCUCUCACGUUUGCGGCGUCCAGGACCUCCCCCCCAGAUGGCGCUGUUGUCGUGCGACAGUCCGAUACAGAGAGCGGAGAAUACAGUACAAUUAGUGCAGCCGUGACCACGCUCUCCGGUGGUGAGACAAUCUUUAUAUAUCCAGGCACAUAUAAUGAGCAAGUGAGCAUUGGUGUUGCGAAUGUCACUAUGCUGUGCUACACGGAAGACACCAGCACCUACAAGUCGAAUGUUGUGACCAUUACAAACAACUUGAAUGCUCAGGAUAAUGGCGGUAAUGAUGCAUGUGCAACGCUUCGAGCCGAAAAAGAUGGUUUCAACCUUUACAAUUGUAUCGUUGAGAAUACCUACGGGAAAGGCAAGCAGGCGACCGCAGUUGCCGCUCGAGGUAAUAAGCAAGGUUUUUACGGUUCUAAUUUCACGGGCUACCAGGACACACUUUUGGCAGACGGUGGCUAUCAAUACUAUAGCAACUGCUAUAUUGAAGGCGCAGUUGACUACAUCUAUGGAGAUUCUUCAGCGUGGUUUGGCGAGUGUACACUUGCAAGCAAUGGUGGUGGGGCAAUUACAGCAAAUUCUCGCGAGGAAGCAUCGGACUCUAGCUACUAUGUCAUCGAUAGCUCCGUGGUCGUCCAAGCCAAUUCCACUACGAGCGACUUAACGGAAAAGGUGUAUCUAGGACGCCCCUGGAGAGCCCUAGCACGGGUUGUGUUCCAGAAUAGCGAAUUGCCAGAUUUGAUCAAUCCACAAGGCUAUACCACUUUGGCAGCCAACGCAACGCCGAUAUUUUCCGAGUACGGCAACACGGGUGCUGGUUCAGAUACUUCUGAACGCCUUUACUACACACCUACCUCUGCGGCUAUUUCCAAGUCGUCUGUUUUGGGCUCGGAUUGGAAGAGCUGGACAGACACGACGUACUGAUGUAUUAUGUCCGAG